AGGUGUGGUUCCUGCAUUUAAUGAACGUGACGAAGCGAGACGAGGGCGAGUACGAAUGCCAGAUGUCGACUCAUCCUCACGUUUCCAUCUUUACCUACCUCAAAGUGCAGAACGCCUACAGCCGCGUGGAAGGCCCCGAGGAGAGAGUGGUGGCGUCGGGCAGCGAUCUGCGUCUGGUGUGUAUCAUCGAGGGCGCCUCUUCGAAGCCCAGCUACGUUUUCUGGUACCACUACGAGAGAAUGGUCAACUACGACGCGGCCAGGGGCAUCACCGUCACGCAGACCUCUCCCAUGCGCAGCACUCUGGCGAUAAGCGAGGUGACGGCAGAUCACGCGGGAAACUAUACAUGUCAACCAUCGAACGCUGUUCCCGCCUCCGUCAACGUACAUGUUGUGGCUGAGACGACAGAGCCAAGUGCCACUGGUCGAGUUGGCAAAAAAGUUGCAGAGAAAACUCCAGUUCGACAACUGGGCGUCAAGAGUGCCUCGUCUGGAGGUUCAUGCCCCGUACCCUCGAAGGUCCCCUUCGCAUUCCUCAGCUUCCUGGUACUCCACGGACUCGUGGUCCCAGGUCUGUUGGCACUUUCGACACAAGCCGUCGAGGCAACCAGCCUCGUGGUCCUAAAAUUCACGGAAUCUCCAACGACGUCAAAGACAGACCAGCCUCCUUCAGACUGCCGUCACGGAUUCCAGCCUUCGCUCGAUUUGAAAAGAAAGGAACUCGCCCUCCCUCACAGCCUGAGCUACGACUGCUGUCGCUCCUGCUGCUGCUGCUUGAUGGGAGCUCAGUCUCUCAGUGGUCUUCCAGAGUAAAAAAAUAAAUAAAUUAAUAGAUAAAUAAAAAGGCGAAAGAUAUAACACAACAAUUACAAUAUUCUGUAGUUUAGUUUACUCAUAUUUCCAGUGCUCUAUCUCUCUCUCUCUCUCUCUCUCUGUCUUCUCUCUCUUCCAAAGACUAUGUGAAUUCCUAUGUGAUUGUCAAGUAGAAGUAUAAUUAAUAUAUUUAACUGAUGCUGUAUAGAAUUUUAUAUUAUUAACUGUUGGAGGUGGUUUUUUUCUCAGAAGGGAUGAUAUUAUAACCCCUUUUGUGAGACAGAACUGAAAAAUCAGAUUUUAUCGACUUUCUGAGCACUUGGAUGAUGUCGCUUUGUAUGUAUAAAUUUGUAUGUCUAUAGAGUUUUAUGAACGUUUUGUAUGCAUAUUUGCGGUUGGCGGUGUUUAGAAAAUGUCAUGUGCUUUCUUGGCGAUACUUUGAACAAGAUAAUGGUGUUUUUUUAUUCAUAUAUUUUCCUGCUCGGGGAAAAGCAUCCGUACGUAAGUGCUUCCGUGAAGUGCGGUAGAAGAAUAUUUAAGAAUAAAAAAAGUGUAUGUUUUACUGAUGUUCGCCUUAUUAUGUCUGUAUGAUUAUAUAUAUAUAUAUAUA